AUGAUAAAUUAAAAAAAUUUAAGCUCAUUAUAAUUGAACCUUGAGAACUUUCACAGAAGCUCAAAAUCAAUAGCAACAUUAAUUAAAAAAUUUAAUAACGAAGAUGAAAAGUAGCCAAGGCCAAUUAGUUUUAUCCUUUUAAAUCAGGAAAAAAAGAACAAGUUGAACAUAGGGCAAGUUGAAAAAUAUGUAUAUUUAAUUGAUUUACUUUCUAGAAAUAAUUAUUAAGGACUGGAGCAUCUUCAUUUAUUUUUUAUGUUUACAAAAAUAGAGAUUGCUAAGAUAAUUACUUCAAUCAAUUAUUAAAAGCUGAUAUAAAAAUUCCCCUUAUUGACACGACGUUAUAAAUUGGGAUAUAUAUUUGGGACUAUAUAUACUAUAUAGAUUAGAAAUCUUUAAAUGUAUAUUAAUUUUAGUGUAUAUUGGGUGAUUAAGAAGAGGAAAAUAAUAAGCUUUUAUUCGUUGUUAGUUAAUUAGCUAGCAAAAUUGUUCUUAUAAUAGAAAAUUACAAUUAAGAAGAAAAUGAGAUAAUAAAAUAAAUAAAAGUUUAUGGAUAUAAAGAGAGUAUAGAUAUAUUUAAUAUUGUUUUAAAAAUUAAAUGUCCAAUCUAUAGUGAUAUUGAAGAGAUUAGAUAUAUUAAUUUAUAUGAAAAUAAUCUACAGGAAAAAGUAUACGCUGAUUAAAAAACAUCAAAGGAUGAGAUCAGAUAUUGGCAAGAAGAAAUAUUAAUGCUUUUGAACAAAAAAUAAUACAAAGAUAUUGAAAUUGAUAUUCUAACUGUAUUUUCAGUAGUAAAUUAUUUAAAACAAUUAAACUUCUCAUAAGAAGAUUGCGAUUUGAUGUAUAAAUUUAAUUAUUAAUUAAUAGAUUUUUGAAUGCAAUAAAAAAAUAGAUAGAAUAUAGUAAAAAGGAUAUAUAAGAAUUAUUUAAAUUGGAAGUUUAGAAGUUGUGUUCUAAUUCAAAUCAUUUUUAACAAAAUCAACUUAUAUUAACAUUAAAUUAGAUAAGAAAUAAUGCUUAAAGUUAAUUUUAUUAACAGUUAUAAUAGUUUUAAAAUUUGGAAGAAUAUUAAAGACAAUUGAUAGAACUCUCUAAAUUUAUGAGUAAUAUAGAAGAAGAUUGUUUAAAUUUAUUUCAUGAUGUAGCUCAUUAGUAAGAAUCAACUAUAUUCUAGUGAUUUAUUGUAGAGAAUGAAACACAAUAUUAAGAGUUCUAAAAAUAAUGAUACCUUUCUGAAUCAUUACUAAAUUUUUUUAUCUCUGCUUAGAAGUUCUGAUGAUAUUAUGGAAGUAAAAUACAAAUAUCUAAAAAAACAUUUUAAAAAAAAGUAUAAAAAACUGCUUUAGUCUUAUAUUUUAAGCAUAUAUGAGAUAAAAUAGUUAGAGUUUAUAAAUUAAAUUGAAUUUGAAAUAAAUGAUUUACAAAUUUCAGUUAAAUAAAUACAAAAUGAAAUUGAAGAAACAGAUUUUAAGAUAAAAUAAAAUUAAUCAAAACAUCAUACUCGAUAAAGUUCAUUAUAAACUACAGUUGGAUUUUAUAGUCAGCAUUAUGAAAGCCUUCAAAAAUUAAAUUAGAAAGUAGAAACUCUUUAAUCCCAAGCUCAUAUAUAAAUCAAAUAAUGA